ACCUCAAUCCAUAUAAAGCUUACCAUGCCUCGUGAAAUCAUUUCUCUAGAUGACCUUACCGUCAACAACGUUGGUGUGUUCAAAAAAAUUAACUCCGUUACUCUUCCAACAACUUAUCCUGAACAAUGGUACAAAGAUUCUUUAACUGAUCAACUUGUCAAAAUUGCCUUUUACGCUGAACUUCCAGUUGGUGCCAUCAAGGCCAGAGCCAUAAAUUUCUCUGCAAAGCAAUCGUAUGAAGCCAUUUCUCUGCUGCCAUCUGCCAGCUCCUCUGCUACAGCCUCGUCUGAUACCACUCCUAAGAUCUUACCUAAUGCCGUAUACAUAGAGAGUUUGGCAGUCUUGAAAGAAUAUCAAGGACUUGGAAUUGGUGGGAAAUUAUUGGAUUUCAUCAUUGAAGAAACAAAAAGAAGAUAUAUACAUGAAGUUGUCCUCCAUGUGAGCACAGAAAACUCAAAGGCCAUUGAUUGGUACCUCAAGAAGGGCUUCACCAAGAAGGAGGAAGUCAAGGACUACUACAAAGAGCAGGGCUUGUCUCAACCAGACGCAAUCAUCUUGUCGCUCUCCGUAUAGAAUUAUCUACCCCCUCCCACAACAGUAAAAAUAUAUCACCUUUAUAGAACAUAUAUAUAUAUAGCUAUAUAAAAAGAC